UUUUCCCAUGCUUCCGCCCCCCGUAGCAGCAGCAGCAGAAGCAGCAGCAGCACCAGAAGGAGCAGCAGACUCAGCAGCAGCAGCAGCAGCAGUAGCAGCAGCAACAGCGGCAGCAGCAGCAGUGGCAGCAGCAGCAGCGGCAGCAGCAGCAACAGCAACAGCAGCAGCAGCAGCAGCAGCAGAAGGAGCAGCAGCAGCAGCAGCAGCAGCAGCAGCAGCAGCAGCAGCAGCAGCAGCAGCAGCAGCAGCAGUAUCUACAGCCAUCCCCAUCCUCCCCUCCUCUUUGAGCCGCCGCGGGCUACCCCCAGCAGUCGCCCACCCUGUGGUGUGACAACCAGAGUGCCAUUCAUUUCAC